CUUGGGUUUGGUUGGUCGGUUCGCUGUGAGUUUCUCGGAGUUACGCUUGCCUUUCCGAGUUGAGCUCGCGUGGAUUGUAUUUUUGUGCUAAUACUGAGUGUCGUGACUUAAAAACUGUUCGACAAUGUCGUCCAAAACAAAAAAGACUGUGACAUCUUCGUCAAAUAUAAGUGUUGUGUCAUCCGUUCAGAGCCCACAACAAUCAAGCACUCCUGUUGGAAGCCGCCCUUCUAGCUCUGCCGGCCGGCCCAGCAGCCCGCUUAGUCCUACAAGACACACCCGCUUACAAGAAAAAGAUGCGCUACAAAACUUGAACGAUCGUCUGGCGGCCUAUAUUGAUAAGGUCCGCCAGCUUGAAAGCGAAAAUUCUGGUUUACGACGAGAGAUCCAAACUACACAGGAGGUGGUCACACGUGAAGUUUCAAACAUCAAGGGAAUGUACGAGCAUGAACUACAAGAUGCUAGAAAGUUGUUAGACGAUACAUCCAGAGAAAAAGCAAAGUUAGAGAUUGAUUUGAAGCGAUUGUACGAAGAGAACGACGACCUUAAGAAGCGCUUGGACAAGAAGACCAAAGACUGCACCCAGGCGGAGAACUUGGCUCGUCACUACGAGACCCGCUUCACGGAGGAGAGCAACAAGUACAACUCGGCCCUCGCCGACAAGAAGAAGGCCCAAGAUGAAGCCAGGGAACUCGCCAAAGAGCUGGAGAAGCUCCGCAAGGUGUACGCGGACACCCGCAAGACCCUGGAGGAGGAGAUGCUGUGCCGCAUCGACAUGGAGAACACCGUGCAGAGCCUGCGCGAGGAACUCUCCUUCAAGGACCAGGUGUUCCAGCAGGAGCUGCAGGAGACCCGCACCCGUCGCCAGGUCGAGAUCUCCGAGAUCGAUGGACGCCUGGCGCAGCAGUAUGAGGCCAAGCUGCAGCAGAGCCUUCAGGAGCUGCGCGAGCAGCAGGAGGCCAACAUCAAGGCUAAUCGCGAAGACAUCGAGGCCAUGUACGAGAACAAGAUGAAGAAUCUGCACGCGGCCGCCAACCGCAACAGCAACGCCGCCACUGUGGCCGUGGAGGAGCUCCGCACCAUGCGCACACGCAUCGACUCGCUCAACUCCACGCUCAACGACCUGGAGAACAAGAACGCGGCGCUCAGCAACCGUUGCCGCGAGCUGGAGCGUCAGCUGGAGUCGGAGCGCGCGCGCCACGCCGAGGACCUGGCCUCGCUGGAGCAGGAGCUGGCCCGGCUGCGGGACGAGAUGGCCGCGCAGCUGCGCGAGUACGCCACGCUCAUGGACAUCAAGAUCUCGCUCGACCUCGAGAUCGCCACCUACAGGACGCUGCUCGAGGGCGAGGAGGACAGGCUGAACCUGACCUCGCAGUCGCCGGGGCGCAGCGAGUCGCGCGCGUCCGCCUCAGGCGCGAGCGUGAGCGGGCGCGGCACGCCGGGCCGCCGCGCCACGCCGCUGCGCGCCGCGCGCAAGCGCACGCUGCUCGACGAGAGCGAGGAGCGCAGCCUCUCCGACUACAGCGUCACCUCCAGCGCUAAGGGCGACCUGGAGGUGGCCGAGGCCUGCCCCGACGGCAAGUUCGUCAAGAUCCGCAACAAGGGGAAGAAGGAGCAGAGCCUGAGCGGCUACCAGGUGGUCCGCAAGGCGGGCGAGCAGGAGACCAUCUUCAAGUUCCACCGCACCGUGAAGCUGGAGCCGGGCGCGGUGGCCACGGUGUGGUCGGCCGACGCGGGCGCCGAGCACGACCCGCCGCGCGACAUCGUCAUGAAGGGCCAGAAGUGGUUCGUCGCCGACAACUUCACCACCGCGCUGCUCAACAAUGAACAGGAGGAGGUCGCCAUUUCGGAGCGCCAGCGGAGACAGGUCAGCACGAGCGCGCAGCGACACCGCGAGCUGGCGCACAAGUUCCCACGUCGCGAGCAGCUGGGUGAGAUUCGCGAGGGUGACGAGAACUGCCGCAUCAUGUAACGGACUCGCCGCCAUCGCCAGGUGCCUCCCCACCAGUUACGCAAUAGGAUUCCUUGCAGCACGACACCAGACUCACGUGGCCGUGGCCUAAAUUGGGCUUUUCUUGUGCUAAAAGUUAAAGUGCAGCCACCCACCUACCCGCGGCUCACCCCUGUGCGGUAUUAACGUGAGCACGACUUAGACCACGGCCAAAGUAUUUCAAAAAUGUUCACGGGACGAUUGCUAGAACUUGACUGGCUUGAAUUAAUUAUGUGUGAGCUUUAGGGAAUUGAUUUUAGUUGGAAACGAUCAAUAUUUUGAUGUCAAAUGACAUGUUUUUUUAUGAGUGAAUAAUUUAAUGUAAAUGUACAGGCUUUUGGUACGAUUGUUGGUGCUUUAGAAAUAAAGUUACGUCCCGUUUCUCUAUUUACUUAAAAGCUGGUUGGAGCACUGAUUAAAUUUACCAGAUAGACUUGUGUUAGAUUGACUGAGUCAAGUGCAAGUAAGAGCACAGCCUUAUAACUCCGAU